AUGUCUGCCGUCGAUGCCCUUACUGAAAGCGUGGCUGCCGCCACUCUGAACGAUGCUUCCACCACCAACGGCACUGCGCCUGCAGCUACCCAGGCAACUGAUGCCGCUGCUGCCAGUGCCGAUGAGGGCCGCCGCCUGUACAUUGGAAACCUCGCAUACGCGACCACUGAGGAGGAGCUUAAGGAGUUUUUCAAAGAAUACACCAUCGAGAGUACCUCGAUCCCGGUGAACCCCCGCACUAACCGUCCCGUUGGUUACGCUUUCGUGGAUCUCGCUACUGCCCACGAAGCCACUGCCGCCAUCGAAAAGCUCUCUGGCAAGGAGAUUCUGUCGCGUAAGGUGUCUGUUCAGCUUGCUCGCAAGCCCGAGCCUGCUGAGGCUAAGGAGGGUGCUGGUAGUGGUGGCGAGGGUGCUAGCGGUACCGAGGGUCGUAAGCGCACUGGUGGUCGGGGCCGCGGCCGUGGUCGCGCUCGUGGCCGCGGUGGCCGUGCUGGUCGUGGUCGUGGUGCUCAAGAGGGUCAAGAGACCACUGAGGCUGCUGCUACCGAGCAGACUCCUCUGGCUGAUACCACCAACGAGAACGAGACUGCUUCCACCGAGGACAAGCAGCAGAACAAGCAGCGCGCCCGCCCCCAGAAGCAGCGUGGUCCCCCCGAGGACGGCAUUCCUUCCAAGACUAAGGUUAUGGUUGCCAACCUGCCCUAUGAUCUCACUGAGGACAAGCUCAAGGAGAUCUUCGUCGAAUACAACCCUGUCUCGGCUAAGGUUGCUUUGCGCCCCAUUCCCCGUUUCAUGAUCAAGAAGCUCCAGGCCCGUAAUGAGCGCCGCAAGACCCGCGGUUUCGGUUUCGUCAGCCUCGCCACUGAGGAGCUCCAGGCCAAGGCUGUUAGCGAGAUGAACGGAAAGGAGAUCGAUGGCCGUACCAUUGCCGUCAAGGUCGCCAUUGACAGCCCCGGCAAGGAGGAUGAUGAUGUCAACGAGGCCGCUGACAAGUAUGAGGAGGAGACCAAGGCCCCAGCUGAGGAGAACACCGCUCCCGCGGAGACUCCCGCUGACGCCUAG